AUGACAGCCAAAUGUACAGGGCUGACUACUAUGAGUCUGAACCAGCACCUGGUCCAGGGGCCAAAAGAUCCUAGAACCUACCCGCACAUGGGUGAAGGUAAUUGGGGUAAGAGAGAUCUCAGCUGUGAAAGAGAAGGAGAUAGGUUGCGUCACAGUCCCGUUUCUCUUGAUCAUGACAGGGAUAGAGAUAGACGCGAUGGUAGAAAGUCGGAGGACGCUCAAUUGAUCGAGGCAGAAGCCGCGAGUCAUCGAGGCAUCGCGACAGAAGUAGGGAGUUGGAUCGAUUGGAUCGACUUCGCUCGAGAUCAAGGAGCCGCGAUAGAGAUUACAUAG